AUGAAUUGUUACGCAUUAAUGAGAGCCCUUCUACUUGGGCUAUUUUUUCAGUAUGUUUGCGCGGCCCCAAUUGCGGACUCCUCUAGCAUAAGAGCUAUAUACCUAUUCAAAGAUGUGUUGAAAUCAAACACCACAGCCAUAAAGACGUCCGGCUUCAACACACUCGUGAUCUUCGGCGUCGGUAUCCUCGAAAAUGGCGACAUUAUGUACUACUCGAACACACCGGGAAGCAAAGACACUCUUAUUGCAUCCAACGGUGGAUACGUCGGUGGUGACGCACUCGCCGAAAAAGUUAGCGGGUUUAAGAAAGGCGAUGAGACGGGGAUCAACCGGGUCGAGAUUUCGAUGAACUCGCAACAUGUUCUCGAUCUCAUGCGCACCCCUGGUCCCGGCGCGACGACACCUCUUUACCGUAACUUUGCAGCGCUCAAAGCGGCAUGGAGUCUCGAUGCUGUUAACAACGAUGACGAAUCUAUUUACGAUGCUUCUAGCACUGUUGCUUUUGCCAAGAUGCUUGGAGAGGCGGGGUACAAAUACACCAUCGCGCCUUAUACCAACACGCGCCACUGGGCUUCCGUCACGACACAGGCAAACAGUGGCCUUAAAGAGCCGGAUCUGCUGCUGGAUAGAGUGUACCUACAGUGCUAUGAUGGUGGGGCUGGAAAUGAUCCUGGAAGCUGGCAGAGUACGCUUGGCAUGAAGGUCGUACCACUUAUAUGGGUAACGAACGACUCGAAACCAUCACAAGGCACGACUGCUUCUCAAGCUCGUUCUAGAUUUUCCAGUUGGAAUUCUCGAAGCACGAUUGCUGGAGGGGGAUAUUGGAAUGAUUACGAUAUCGAGAAGAUGGGAUUGUCGUAUACUGCGUAUGGAGACGUUUUGAAAAGUAUUUUUCCGUAA